UUUAUUACUUUUACCUGUGAUAAUUGACUUAAUCGCAAAGUUAUUUUUGAAUGUUCAAGAUGAUCUAUUUUAAAUAAUUUUUGCAAUGAAAAAAUACUUUGCACUAUAGUAUUAAUAGUAAAAUAAUAUAAUUUGUUAGCAAAUAGUGAAAUUGAAAGAACGAUGAGUGUUAAUAACGCUUUAUUAUUUGCCUGUUCCCGGUGUUUUUCAAGACAUCCAUUUGAAGAAUUAUCAUCAGUUCAGCAGCUUUGUAAGGAGUGUCGAGGAUCUUUUCCUGUUGUGAAAUGCACGUAUUGCAGAUCAGAAUUUCAACAAACGAAUAAAGAUAGUACAUCUACAAUUUGUAAGAAAUGUGAGCAGAAUGUUAAAGCUUAUGGAAAACCAACAGCCUGCGAAUAUUGUAAUAUAAUCGCAGCUUUUAUUGGGUCCAAAUGUCAACGAUGCACUAAUAGUGAAAUCAAAUAUGGCCCUGCAGUCACUUGCGAUCAAUGUAAACAGCGUUGCGCUUUUGACCGGAAUGAUGACAAUAAGAAAGUUGAUGGAAAGUUAUUAUGCUGGUUAUGCACUCUAUCAUACAAACGAGCAUUAGCUAAAACUAGAUUAUCUGAAUCUGAACGGCGGCGUGCUAAACAAAGAGUAGCAAAGAUGUCAAAGGAGCAUGCUAAACCGCGAGGGCAUAACAAGCGUCCAAAUAGAGUUGAUGUAACAAAAAUAGUGGAACCUGAGACUCCACCUCCCAAAGUUGUCAGGACAAACACUGGCGAUGUGGAUCCGAACUCAUCCGAUCAUGUUGUUGCAAUGACUCAAUUAAAAGAAACAAUAGCAAGUCUUAAUAAAAAAAUCAUUCAGAAGGACGCUCUUAUAUUAGCCAAAGAAAAACAAAUAACUGAAUUAAAAGCUCAUCACUUUACAAUGGAACAAGAAUUUAGAAAUAAAAUGAAGGAUUCAGAAAGAAGAUUUAAUGACAAAUGUCUGAUGAUGGAUACCAAAAUCCAAAGUCUCUUAAAAGAAGUUGCAACGUUGUCAAAAUCUGCAAAGCGUACAAAAGAUGUAGCAUGUAGUGGCAAUAGUGGCAGUGGUACUGAUAGCCCAAGUAAUACUUAAAAUGAUGCUGUUGGACAUCAUUAUAAAGUUGAAGACCGCCAUUUUAUUGGACGCAGUAUAAACAAGAUAUUAUAUGAAUGUUUUGUUAUAUAGUUAUGUUUUCUACAAUAUACGUAUUAAUUUCGUAUAAUAGAAAAUAUAAUAUUUAUUGACAUUUGAUAUUAUUGUAGUAAAAAUCACCAUACGUAUUUUUUUAU